CCGGCAGUGAAGGGCUGAGGUGGCUGAUCGUAGUCACGUGGUGCUGCCUGCUUGAUGGAGGCUGAGCAGGGAGGAAGGAGGCGAGCCCCUUUUCUCUUUACGCGUCAGCAUCCCUUCAAAUUGCUGCUGUCACUUUCCAGCUGCAGACACGGACGACUGUGACGCAAAAGAUAUUCUAAACAAAUGUUGCUAUUUUAAUGUUAAUAUUUUAAUCCCCCACCUGACGACGAGCAUGUUUAACGGAGGGAGGCUGGAGCCUGGCCAGGAAGAAUAGCCUAGCGAUGUUCAAGGCAUCUUGUCCCAGGAGUUGACAUCCUCAAAGCUGGCUUCGAGACACAGAAAUGCUCCUUUAAGACAUCAGCAAGUCGAGUUUUCCUGAGCUGAGGGUUUUGGUGUGGCAGAGUUUGAGCUCGAGUGGAAGUGAGUGGGCGUGAGAGGAAGCGUGUGUCAUGGCUGACAGCGAAGGGACGAACCUCGAGGACCCUCCCUACAAAAACCUGCUGCUCCUGGGGGCCAUCGCAGCAGCGUCGGCCUUCGUGGUCACCAUCCUCAUUGUGCUCGUCUGCGUGGGCUGUCAAAGAAAAAGCAAGAGCAAGCAUCCCUCGGCUGGAGAGAAAGGGACAUCUGUAAAUAUGCAGGGUACCCUUCGACAUCCUAAACUGAACUCCAUGAGCAAAUCGGAUACCAGGCUGCAUGAGAUCAAUCGCUUUCCCUGCAAUGGAAACUCCGUUAGUAAGAGCCGCCCAGCCAGCAUGGACCUCCUGCUCCUCCACAGUCGGCGCUCCCAAACCGACGUGGGACCCUCCCAAGGCCGCCAGCUUCCACAGAUCCCCACUAGUCCUCAAGGGUCCAGCCAAGGAGCAGAAGGGGACAUUGGAGGCGAUGGGGGACUAGUCGAGACCAGAGACCACACAUACACGGAGGUGGGCUUGAGGAAUAAUCCAACUCCGACCCACGGCCUGGACGACGGGCUGUAUGAGAGCGUCAGUGUUCGGGAAGGUGACAAAGCACCCAUUGCUCCAACUCCACCAUCAACUAACACCCAAGACUCCACCAGGGCUGCCCAAAGCCCGCCAACUCAGGCCAACGGAACCCGCAAUGGCAAUGGAAAUGGUGCCAGAGGGAAUUGCGCCAUUAUUAAUGCAAUGGCUGGGCGAAGUAACGGGGGAAGUGGGGUUAACAGGUCCCCCCUGACCUCUGUGAACUCCUUGGCCAUCCAAGAACCAAACGCAGCAGAUUAUGCUUCAAUACGCAAGUUCAGAAAGGUUGACAAGACAAACAGGAAGGAAAAUAACGGGGCCGACAGUCAGUCAGACAGCCAAUCCAGCGUGAGCGAUUCACCCUCGGCAGCUCCCCCGCAACUACAUCGCUGUCAGGAGGGUCCACGCAAGACCCCGGAGCCGUUUCACCUGCCCUCCUUCCCAAAGGAGCCCGUGUUCAUGGGCAAUGGCGAGCAGUAUAUCUGGAAGCCACCGGAGGAGGACGAGAUCAUCACCUUGCACCCGCCUCCACACCACGUAGAGAACGGACAGGGUCACCCGUUGCCCCCGACUGCAAAAGAGAUCGCAGACACCUAUUCCAUGGUGUGCAAAACCCAGAGGAAAAGAACCCCCAUGGAGAACAAUGGGGCAAAGACUCUGCCGCGCUCAUUCGGUGGGGACAAAGGAAAAGGUCGAGGCAGAGGAGUCCAGGCCCAGGCGCGGUCCCAGGAGGAACCGUGCUAUCAGCCGUCGGGAGACAGGUCCUGGCCGGAGUACGCAGCGGCCGAACCCGACCCGGCGUACGCCACCAUUGACAGCCAUCGUAAGCAUGAGCCGGCGGGCGCCAGUAACAGCGCAGCCAGUGGUGCUGCCACGCUUAAGAGGAAAAAGCAGCAGACACCAUCCGCUGCACCUCAGGGCUCGGCAUCCAACCCCCUGCCUGUCAGAGGCCUGCCUGGGGGAGAUAACUUCUACGAGACCAUCAGUGAUGUGAAAGGUGGCAACAGCUCCAGCACCACCACCAUUUUCACCUUCAAUGACGGGAUGGAGAUGUAUGUCACAGGCCUGUAGCUGGCUGAGGUCACUUCCUUUGAACCAAUGUCUGAAGUGACAAUCAAAUGUGUUGACAUCAGGUACCAACAGGGUUUUAAUCCAGGUUCAGACUUUCCUUCACUCGUCUGUAGUUCAGAUCCCUUCUCAGCCCCGCAAGGACAAAUAUGUUCAAGCAAACAAACACAAAUUGAACUGGAAUAUACAUCUUUAAAAUGA